AUGGCAUCAAAACUUGAUUCAACUUCGGCCAAUGACUCUCAGCUUGCACAGUCACCUAUUGCAAAGUCCAUAUCUACUAAUUCAGCCAACAGUCCUAAAGUCUCCAUGUUUGGAAUUAAAUCUGGAUUUGUCAUACCAAAGAAUAAAUUAUCUGGCUCUUUGGUUCCCAUCUAUCGAGGAGUUAGCAAGGUAGACUCUGGCGAUGUAGGAAAGGAAGAAAAUAGUAAGCAAGUUCAGAGGAAAACGCGAUGGGGUGUUGAUCUGACACAGGAUGCAUCUGUCAGGAAAGGAAGAUCUCUUGCCUAUCAGGUAUUAUUCACACUUAAUAUUUAGUUUCAUUCGACUGAUAUGUUUAUUGUUUGUACGAAAUCACGGUAAAAAUCCACAUUCUUUGCACUACAUUGUCUAGUUCCUUUGCUUCUUUACAUUUCAUUACAUGCACCCUUUAUCCUUUUAGGUAGUUGCUCUCUUGAAUGGGUAAGGCAAAUUUAUCACACCAUGGGUGUAAGGAAGCAUCCCCUUUAUCUGGAAACUCGAUGCCUCCUUUCAUCAAUUGGUGUGAAGAUGCCAUUACCCUUCUUGCGAACAUCUCAUAUAGGAAAGCUUCCCAUUCCAGGUGGCAUUAAGUGAUAUUACUGCCUGUGUGGUGGUACAAAUUUUGAGCAGACUAGAGUGGAGCAAAUUACACAGCAGCUGAAAUCUGGAUCCUUGGAGCUUGGGGAGGAUCAAGGCUCACAAACACCAGAACGGUCUUCUAAUGUAGAUUCUGUUGAUCAGUUAAAUCUUUCCAAGGUAUGUCUCCCAUUGAAAUGGGACGGAUAUGUGAUGAAUUGCGACUAUGAUUUUCUCUUUAAAUUUCAUUUUGGGUAUUUUUUGAACGCAUACCAUUAUACUCUACAGUCCCACAAUCGUGAGUCGUUGGAGUUAGAGAAGCGGGAACUCAUUGGUAAGUUCGCAUUGUCCCUAAGCAUCCAUAUUGUAUCGGGAGAAAAUAGGUUUUUUCUAACUGUACCUUCUGGGUUUUCAGGUGAAAUAUUGCGGCUGAAUCCCAACUAUAAAGCCCCACCUGAUUACAAACCACUUCUGAAAGAGGCCAAAGUUCCCAUUUCAGUUAGUACACUAGACGCCCUUGGAAAAUGCUUCCCUUUUAUUUUUUUAUUAUUCUGUCGGACCAAUUUAUUUCGAAGGCAUAGAAUAUCUCACACUAUGUUUUGUUUGGUAUUUUUAUUCUUAUUUUCACUAUUUUGGUUUCACGUGUAUUUUAUAAAAUAUCUCACACUAAACAAUGGUUUCUAACGUCAGGCAAGAAUGAUCACUUCGUGGCUGGCACACAAAUUUAAAUAAUGUGAGAAAUUUUCACUUGACCUGUACGUUUCAGAAAGCCCCAUUGACCUAAAAUGUGCUGAAGAUUAGUAAUACAUUAGGAUGCUGGCAUGGUUAUUGUUAAUCACCUCCUGGAACAGCUCCAUUGCAGCACACGUGUCCUGCUGACUGAAUUUUAGGGGUAGGUCAUUGAAUCAUUACUGAAUUAGUCUGGAUUGGUUCAAACACUAUCAUUGAGUCAUUGAUCUGUAACUUGUGGUGGAUCUUUCUUGGGCAACACAACUUGAAUGCUUCAGUGUUAUCUUUCAAACUAGAAAGGCUCCAUUUAGGGAAUUUUUUGCUAAAUGCACAUAAUUGCGUUAGAAUUCUGUUUAAUAGCAGAAGGCAUGAGAUUGCGUUAGAAUUUUUUGCUAAAUGCACACAAUUUUUAUUUGUAUAUAUGCAUGCAAUUUGUUAUGAUCAACUACUGCAAAUACAUCUAUUUAGUUGCAGAACAUUUGCCUUGAAUAUUAAAUAUCUUUAUAAGGAUUAGCCCUAGAAUGCAUUCUAGACGGUUGGCAUAAUUUAUAACCACAAACACGGUGGGGAUUUCAUCUUUUUCUUCUCAAACCCAACGUCCAUAUCGUUGAUAUUGGGCCUUGGAAAAAUAACUAAAAAUUAAAUCAGCCAAAUGCAUUUUCGGUGGAAUUGGGUACUUCAUUUCCACUUAAUUGGCGACGGAAAGGGAAACAAUCGCCUAAAUCACACAAUCGUUGCAUUUAUUUUAUAUAUACAAACGUAGGUCCAUUUUUUAGGAGUAAUUUCUUGCCGUCUUUGAUGCCAUUAUGUUCUGGAUUUACAUCAAAAUUAUGUGCGCAUCAGCAAAUCAUUAUUUGGUGUACAAGAAACAAUCAUUUCUGUUUUUAGGAUAAAAUUCAUGAACUUUAAUAAUUACCUGCGAUAUCCAUGAUUUCUCUUAUUUUGACUUGUCUCUUUAUUCCAUUGUAUAGGUAAAAGCUCAUCCUGGGUACAACUUUAUCGGGCUAAUAUUGGGGCCUGCAAGUAAUACCCAGAAACGACUAGAAGAAGUAAGCCUGUAUACCUUUGGUAGAUGUAAACUGUGCCUGAUGACGGAUCUAUCCUUGAGUGAUCGAUACUCAUAUUGCUUGUUUAAACUAGGAAACUGGUGCUAAAGUACGUGUAUAUGGAACCAAAAGAACGUCAAGAGAGAAGGUAUUACUCUGCUAUAGAGGUUUUAUAGUCAUUGUUUGUGCUUAAUGCUGUCUAUUUAAUCUGCCUUCUAUUUCAAGAUAGCAUUGUUCGCAAUCUGGGAGAAUUCUUUUUCGAUUUUGUUCUUGUGCCUUCUGGAUUGAUAGCAUCACCUUCCUAGCUACCGUGAAAAAAUCCAGAAUUCUUUCCCUGGUAGACCUUUUUAUUUUGUAAUUUUAUUUGGCGCACGGCGUUUGAUGGAAGCAGAAUGUUAUAUUUUAGUUACAGGGAAACUUUCUUUCUUUAGUCGCAUGUCUGAUAACACGAAAAGGCUUUUCUUAAUUUCUCCUUUCCGUUUACGAAACCAUGAAGCAUUUUCUCUUCGUACGAGUUUGCUUGAUCAGGAAGGUGGGUUUGCUGGUUGGCAGGCGCAAGGCCCUGGUAUUAGUGUUGAACAUAACUUCUGAAUGAUAAUUUUCCUGCUAAAAUCCAGUCAGCAUACUAGCAUCCAACCCCUCACAAAGGAGAAGAAAAAAAGUGCAAGUAAAAGAUGAAUGUGCCUAUGAACUUAUUAUUUAUAAUUUACAGCCAUUCCAGAAUUUUUUGCCGACGCGUGGGAUUCUAAAGUUUAAAUUGUCAUUUACUCAAUUACUCUUUCGUAAAUUAGAUACUUUUGCUUCUCAUUAGGAUUGAUUAUCAUUUUCUUGCCAAUUCGUGAGCUGGUUGAUCUCAAACAACACAAUUCAUGAUCUCGAAGUGUCAGUAUGUAGGUUUCUAAAUCCUUUCUUAAACUACCCCAUCGAUUCCCUGCCCAAAUCAUUGUGGUUAGGAGGUACGCAAGUAAAUGAUGGUAAAUGUUGAGCAAAUCUUAUACUUCAAACUUUGUUUCUGAGAUUAAACUCAGUGACCGAAUAUUGUGAAACAUGUAAUCACAUCAACUUGACCAUAAAGUGAUCCAUAUUCUGCAUGUGCCUGAUACAGAUGUUAUUAGUCCUGUUACACUAACUUUUUUGUAUCCGUAAGCAGCAUGCGACAUAUGCCCCUUUUUCUUCGUCGUCGUCAUUGUUUUGACAUGCGAGAUGCAUUCCUGUGCAGUGUGAAAUCACUCGGUCAGACGCGGCUGAAGCUCAGGGAAUCUACGACGACCUUUACGUCCAUAUCUUAGCGGAUACCUACGAGAAAGUCGACGCUGCGGUCUCUCUUGUUGAGCUUCUAGUCACUCCCGUAUUUGUAAGCAGACCCUCCCCUCUCUCUCUCACCCACAAUGUUAGCUUUCCACACAACUUAGAUGCCAGCAUCCAAUCCCCUCACACCAUUCCAUUUUGCAGCCUAUUCCUGCAGUUUCAGCUGGGGAUGGUGUGGACGAUGCCAACCAAAGUCAGAAGGAUUCUUCAGUCCCAGCACAUUCGACGGUCCCUGUCAGCGUGGCCUAUCAAGGCGUGGUGCAACCAGCAGUGGCUCCGCCUGCGCACGCUGCCUUGCCCCAUUUUCAGCCAUAUCCUGGUCCAUGGCCUCCUCAUUUUCCACCUUAUCUUACCUCAGCCCCAUCAUCUUCUGGGUUCCCUCCAACAUCCAUCAGCCAAUUUCCUCCACCUGCUGUCUCUGGCCCUGAAUCCCACAACAUGCAGAAUUUCCGGCCGCCUCUGAGUCAACACACUGCACCUUCGGGCCAUGGAUAUCCUCCCAUGGGCCCCCAGGCUCCUCAGUCAACGCCACAGACAAGACCAACCCCAAUGAUCCCACAAUCAGGGCCAGCAUCACCUGGGGGCGGAUUCCUUUACACUAGUAGGCCGUUGACAUCCACUACACCACCGCUGCCUCAAAGACCAAAUACCAUGUUUAGCAUGUUUCCUCCCUCGUCUAUUCCUCCUCAGAUGCCUCAUCCUGUGGUUCAACGAGGCAAUGCUCCUUUCCAACCCGGGCAGAACUUCACUCCCCGGCCUCCCUUCUCUCAUCAGCAUUCCUCAAAAGCUCCUUCUCAUGCUCCUGCACCAGCCAUGGGGUCGUCGGCUACACCCACAUUUAUGCCGCCUGGUCGGGUGCCCUCUCUGUCUCCUCGCCCAUUCUCUGUGUCAUCAUCAGCAUCCUUACCGGCAAUUACAAGCCCUUCACCAUAUCCAUUAGUGCAGACCCAAACUCAGCCAGUUCCUUUCUCCACCACGAGGCCACCGGUGCCGGUGUCCUCCAUAGCCGCUGCACCGUCGGUUGCUCCGCCGUCUCAGCUGACUGUUCCUGCCGUCUCUGGGCAGCCUGCAAUGGGCGGCUUCUUCCCCCUGAAACCAUCUGUUAGCGUCCUGCCGAUCACCUCGCCGAAGCCUCAGCACCUGAGCCUCGGAGACUUCACCUUCCAGCCACACAGAGCGUCCUCUCCCAUGCCCAGCCCUCACUCCGCACCUCCGAACAACCCUAGCCCCGCCGCCCAGCUACCACCACUAUUUGCCCCAGCGCCACAGCAGCCGUCCUUCCGCCCCGCCGCCCCAAACCUAGGGAUGAUGAUGCCGGGCCCUCUCCGGCAACCUCCUCCGGCUUCUGUUGGCCUCCCCUUCUCUGCCAAUCCAGCAAAUAUGUUAGCCUCCACAAGGCUUCCUUCCUUCUCCAAUGCCGGCCCUUUGAGCUCCUCCCAGGUAGAUGUGGGAAGAAACUUUCUCCCCGCACCUCCCAGCGGCCUACCGGGGUCUGCGCCGUCGCGGGCCGCCGCCUUGAUCCAAGCCCACGGGCAGCAGGGUCCGUCCCCCCCCGUGCGGCCGCCCCACGGUUACGUCCCCUUCUCUCCGAUUUCCAUCCCUCCGACACUCCCUCGGCCGCAGGGAGGCGGCGGGGAUCCGGAGUACGAGGACCUGAUGGCUUCUGUGGGGGUUAAGUGA